CCCCUUUAAAUGAGCUUCAGUUAGCGGCUGCAGCUGAACCGGGAGCCGCCGAGCUGCCAACCCCAGGGGGAGCAGCGCGCCCCGGCACUCUGUGCGGCGGCGGCAGCAGCAGCCUCCACCCACCCCCCGCUGGAUGGGACUGAGCGCGGCGUCAGCGAAGGCUCCAGGCUCGGAGGGGUUUGGCUGAGCUCACUGCCAGCGGGGCGGCUCUCCUGAGCCCAGGCACCGGCCAUGGCUAGGGCGGAGACCUGAACCCGCCUAGCUACACCGGGCAGCUCCCCCGCUGCUGCGCUCCGGCGCCCCCGGCUCCGCGCGGACGUGGCUAUGCCUCGCCUCUGACUCGCUGCCACCCCGGCGCUCGGUCCUGGGCCAGGAGCGGCAGAGACGUGCCGCCCCCGCCCCCGCCCCGCGCGGGAGAGAAGAUGGCCCUGGACAAACUCUGCUCGGUGCUGGAAGUGUUGUUAAUAACAAUACUUGUAGUGGAAGGGAUUGCUGUGGCACAGAAGACACAAGGUGGGCAGAAUAUUGGAGUAAAUCACAUACCAUCUACACAGUGUGACAACUGGGUUCGGACAAGCAAUGGAGGCCAUUUUGCUUCACCAAACUAUCCUAAUUUGUACCCACCAAACCAGGAGUGUAUCUACAUUUUGGAAGCUGCUCCACGCCAAAGAAUUGAGUUGACCUUUGAUGAACCUUAUUACAUAGAACCCUCAUUUGAAUGUCGAUUUGAUCACGUUGAAGUUCGAGAUGGACCUUUUGGUUUUUCCCCUCUCAUCGAUCGUUACUGUGGUCUGAAAAGUCCUGCACUAAUUAGAUCAACAGGGAGGUUUAUGUGGAUAAAGUUUACUUCGGAUGAGGAGCUAGAAGGAGAGGGAUUUCAAGCAAAAUAUUCGUUUAUACCAGAUCCAGACUUCACUUACCUAGGAGGUAUUUUAAAUCCCAUCCCAGACUGCCAGUUUGAGCUUUCAGGAGCUGAUGGAAUAGUACGUUCCAGUCAAGUAGAACAAGAAGAGAAAACAAAACCUGGACAAGCAAUUGACUGCAUAUGGACAAUUAAGGCUACUCCAAAUGCUAAGAUUUAUUUGAGAUUCCUGGACUACCAAAUGGAGCACUCAAAUGAAUGCAAGAGAAACUUUGUAGCUGUGUAUGAUGGAAGCAGUUCCAUUGAAAACCUGAAGGCAAAGUUUUGCAGCACAGUAGCAAAUGAUGUGAUGCUGCAGACGGGAACAGGAGUGAUACGGAUGUGGGCAGAUGAGGGUAGCAGACUCAGCAGAUUCAGAAUGCUGUUCACUUCAUUUGUUGAUCCUCCAUGCUCAGGCAGCAGUUACUUUUGCCAUAGCAACAUGUGCAUCAAUAAUUCUUUGGUCUGCAAUGGCAUUCAAAACUGUGCAUACCCUUGGGAUGAAAAUCAUUGCAAAGAGAAGAAAAAAACUGGACUGUUUGAACAAAUCACCAAAACUCAUGGAACCAUCAUUGGAAUUACUUCAGGGAUAGUUUUGGUUCUUCUCAUAAUUUCAAUUCUGGUGCAAGUAAAGCAGCCUCGCAAAAAGGUUAUGGCCUGCAAAACUGCUUUUAAUAAAGCUGGCUUCCAAGAAGUAUUUGAUCCUCCACAUUAUGAACUGUUCUCAUUAAGGGAUAAAGAGAUUUCUACAGACUUGGCUGACUUAUCAGAAGAACUUGAGAACUAUCAGAAAAUGAGACGCUCCUCUAUUGCUUCGAGAUGUAUUCAUGACCAUCACUGUGGCUCUCAAGCUUCCAGUAUAAAACAAAGCAGGACCAAUCUCAGUUCCAUGGAACUUCCUUUCCGCAAUGAUUUUGCGCAACCUCAGCCAAUGAAAACAUUUAAUAGCACCUUCAAGAAAAGUAGUUACACAUUUAAACAGGCCCAUGACUGCCCUGAGCAGGUAAUAGAAGACAGGGUGAUGGAGGAGAUUCCUUGUGAAAUUUAUGUGAGAGGACGAGAGGAUGCUGCACAAGGCUCAUUAUCUAUUGACUUUUAAUCUCCUGUUAAAGGUAAAAUUGGUACGUGUGGGUGUGUGUUUAUCUGACACACACUGUGUCUGUAUAAAAAUACACCAUAUGUAGUGUGUAUAGGUACACACACUUUUUAGCUUACUGUAUCCAAUUUUUUUUAAAAGGAAAGAUCUUCAUAACCAAUAAUUGUUGCAGUGGUGGACUUUGCACCCAUCCCCCACAAGCUGCCACUUUGCUUGAGCAACAGAACAGAAGGAUUUGCAUGGGAACUAUCAAGAAUAUUUUUAACUAAAUGUGAAAAUGACUAGAUUAUUUUUCUGCCCUCCCUUUCAUAUUAUUUCUCUCUUCCUUUGUUAAAUAAUUAGUUUUCAGACCAACUAGUUUAAGUAAAAGUGGUAAAAGGCACCACAUAUUUUGACACAGCUGUCUGUGAGCAUAUUUAUCAAAUUGCAGCUAGAGUUACUUUGGGAAAUGCUAAUUAAGACGAGUUAUGUUGCAUCUUGACUAGUUUUUAUAUUGCUUCCUUUGUCUCUGUGUUCCGUGAGAAAUAUGUGAAAUGGUCUAUUGCCUUUUAACAGUAUUUUAUCUUGGCUAUACAGUAUUCAUUUUAGUAUCUUUGGGAAUAUAUGGCCUUUGCAGGUUGUGGAUUAAAAUUUAACCCAAUUCUCAAGUACGUCGUGGUAGAUACAGACUUUACACAGAAGCUUCUUUCAGGAAGAUGGUAGAUUUUCAAAAGCAUAGGGUGGGCUGAUUUCUGCCAUGUGUUAAAGCCAUGCAACUCCAUUGAUUUCACAGGUGUAUAACUAAGGCUCUCUGUUUUUUCCUGUUACUUGCAUAAAGAAACUCCACUGACUGACUGACUGACUUAUAUAUUUCUGUCUCCUGUAGUGAUCCUAGUACUAUAUUCCUUAUGCAGCGCACCCUCCCUAUUGAAAUCCAUGCUGGAUACACUCAAUGGGUGUCUGAAUUGCACAGAAAGCACAGGAUGAAGCCUGCUAUGUGUUACACUUUGAGAUCUAUGUGAUAACUAAGGUGUAUGAAAUUGUUGGGGACAAAGAGAAAUCAAAGUAACUGAAUGAGCUUUUUAGCACUUUUUUCUAGCACUUGUGUCCAUGCUGCAAAAAUGCACAUUUCAUACUUUUUUUUAAAUUGCAGGUUAGACUUUUUUUUUACUGCACAAGACAAUUUGUAAAAUAAUUAUCAUGGGUUUUUUAGACUCUUUUGAUGUAAUUUGAUACUAAUACAAACUGUUUAUUAAAUCAAGAUUUAACACAUGUACAGUAAGCCUCUUUCAGUGUCCCCAUUAGCAGCAUUGAAUAACAGGCAGUGAUUGGUGUGUACAUUGUAACUUGUAAAGAAUACUUAACAUACGUUAGCCUUUUUACUCUUUUUUUUUUUUUAAAGACAGGAACUGUUACUCUUUCACUAAAUGUGACCUUACAGUUCUCAGUUACUGGACAUAUUCUGUAUUAAAUGUACAUAAAGACAUAAAUCAAACUUU